GCUCGUGCCAGUAGCUUUUCGACGGCUCAACGGCUCGUCUCGCAAUUUUUCCCAACUAUCAACAAAUCGCGUGCAAAAAUCUUUUAAUCGCGCGCGCUUUUAAAUUUUUCAAAGACAUUUUUCAUCUAUCUGAAAUAAUUGCAAAAUCAAAUAUUUUUGCUUGAAUAAUAUGUGUGCUAAACAUAAUCCAAAGACAUUUUCACCGAAAUUAAUCAAAGUUUUAUGAAACCUAUAAAUUAAUCAAUUUACCGUCGGCAGUUAGUGAAUAUAUUAGUCGUAUUUUUGAUCAAGCUUUUUAGAUCUAUUUAGGCUAGAGUUUUAAACGUCAAUUUGAGAAUUUAAUCAAUGUCAAUGUGAUUUUAAUGUCUGAAUGUUAUUCUACUGUAGUGUUUUUAAUGUUAGACGUUUUUUAUAAAUAUUUUUGGUGUUUAAGUGUAAACAGAAUAAGGUGAAAAAAUUAUUACUAGAGUCUUAAGAGAUGCUUCCAAAUCUUCAAUCAAAAAUGUAUAAUCAACGAAAUUCAUAAAGACUGAUAUGAAUUUAAAUAAAGAUAACUAAACUAAAAAAACCAAUCAGUGAAAACCAAUCAAGCUAACCGCAAGUGAACAAAGUACAAAAAUAUUAAAAUGUGUCAAUUGUAUUUAAGUCUACCGAAGAGUGAUCGCUAAACAAACAAAUGGAGUCUCAGCUUAUUAGUUUGUGUUUAAAUUUUUUGUUUUUCGUCAAUUUUAUUUUAUUUUCCCACCGGCCAAAGUGUAACGCGUUCAACCACAAAAAUGUUGCUGACAAUGCGGCGUCAAAAUGAACUGAUCGUAGGCAGCCAACAGCAUCCAUCAGUAGCCGCAGCAUCUGCCGUGGAAUCGGUAUCCAGUGCCACGCCUCCACCAACCGGACAGAGUCUCAGCUUAGUGCCACCAGCAGUGGCAACAUCCUCGGCUUCGGCAUCCCAGCAGGAUUCUCUCAACACACCAACGACCCCCUUAUUGGGUCUCAGUCGCAAUCCGCUCCAGUUUGCACCACCGCCUGCACCACCAAUUGCUGUGCCCAGUGCCCCAGCUUCAGGACCUGCUUUCGGCUAUUACCAGAGCCAGAGUGGAGGACUACCCCUUCAUCCAAUUUCAUCUGCAACCACUGAAGCAGCGGGAGCACAACCCCCACCUCCACCCGUGGAAUUGGACGAGUACGUGGACAUAUUGCAAGUGCAACAAUUGCUCCUGGACUCCUCGGCAGCCGCUGCAGCAGCAGCUGGAAGCCAACCACAGACAUCCGAACAGCAGCAACACGAACAGUCCUCAGCUCUACAGCAGCAACCAACAGCAUUGCAGCAAGCUCAGCAACAACAAGUUGUUGCCAAGCCGCGACCACGAAUAAAUCUGCAAAAGGCCUCGGAAUACGCUGCUCAAUUAGCUCAGGCCGAGUCCUCAUCGCCUGGCUCGCGUCGUGUCCUGCUUGAUUACCCGAAUCCUUACUUGUACGGCAAUCAUUAUCACCACCAUACGCCGCCAAGUGAGGACCUAGUGGCCCUUUGGUUCGGCAGCAAUGGCUCAGGCGGCGUAGCCCCUGGAACUCCAUCAGCGGCCAUGAUCAUGGAAGGGCUUGAAACCCUGGUGGCGCCAACCCAUCACGCAUUCCUGCUCACCGAGUCGGCCGCGGCCGCCCACUUCAAUGUGCUGAGCUUCGACACCUGUCUCUUCAAGACGAGCACGGCGGCCCAGAGCAGCGGCAGCCCGUCCACAGCGGCGGCGGCCACCUACCUGAGCCCGGCCCAGUUCGGCAGCAACCCCGGCGGCAGCACCUCCUCCGCCGCCUCAUCGUCCUCGUCCUCGCUACUCCACUACAGCAGCGCCUCUGCUGCGGCUGCCGCUGCUGCAGCAGCUGCUGCAGCAUCCGCCAACAAUUCCGUUCUGCGUGCCCGUAACCAAACGGCCACGCCCACCCAGGGCGGCAGUCCCGGACACGUGGCAGUGCAGCCGAGUGCCAGUGCCACCGCCAGCAGCGGAAGGAGCUCCGCCUCGCACCUCAGCCUGUUGAACACGAGCGGCCAGCAGAGUCCUUCUUCCGUGGCCGUCGAGCAACAGGUGGAGGCCCACAAGCAGCUGAUUGAGGCGCUACCCGGUGACCUCAACACGCCGGUGACCACUUCCAGCGAUAUUCCAUCAUUUUUCGGCCCCAGCACAGUGGUGGAACCACCUCCAAUUACUGGAUCCAUUGAAUCUGAGGAUCUAUCGUUGGAGCCUCAAGUCAUUUCCGUUGGCAGUCCCGUGCUAUCUCAUUGCAGUCCCUUGAAGGAGGAGCGUAGUACACCGCCGGCAUUAACCAUUGUCAAGGAAGAAUCAAGUAAUAAUAGUUGUAAUAUGUACCCCCAACACAACAACAACAACACAACAUCAUCAUCAACAACAACUACAACAACAAGCAAACAGACAACAAGCGAAAGCAACAACAACACAGAGGGAGUUGGCUCACCCGGCAACAACAACAACAAUACACAAUCACACCAACAGCAGCAACAACAACAGCUACAUCACAACAACAACAAUAGUAGCAGUAAUGCGAAUUGCCACCACAGUCACCAGCAACAACAACAACAACAGCCACACAUGAGCUCCCCGCAACAUCAACAUCAAUACCAACAACACCAAAUAUUACACCAACAGCAACAACAACAACAACAAUUGCCACAUCACCACCACCAUCAUCAUCAUCAUCACCAUCAUCAUAGUCAGCUACAACAACACCAACAACAACAACAGCAACAUCCACAACAACAGCAACACCAACAACAGCCCCUACACCAGCAGCAACAACAGCAACUCCAACACCAGCAGCAACACCAACAACACUAUCAACAUGCCAUCCAACAACAGCAGCAACAGGCUAGCAAAAUCUCAUAUCGUGGAAUUUUUACCACCACAGGCAACGCGAUGAAUGCAGCAGCCGCAGCCGCAGCGGCGCAACAGCAGCAGCAACAACAGCAGCAGCUUCCCUCCCCGCAGCUGAGCGUUCUGCCCGGCCAAAUGUCGCCGCCCUCGAACAGUCUGGGCAACAGCUGGGGUCUACCGAGUCCGGACAAGGCUCUUUUCCAACCCCCAAUGUUCAGUCUGCCCGCUCAUUAUGCCACCACCAUGCAACAGCAACAACAGCAGCAGCAGCAACAACAACAGCAGCAAUCUGCCUCGCCAUACGACGACGGACGGGCCGCUGUCGCUGCCGCAGCACAGCACGCUGAGCUUCUGGGCCUGACCAUGGAUUGCACGCCCCUCUUGCUGAAGCAACCACCUCCAACCUACGCCGGAUCCACCGGAUUCGCCAGCCUGGCAGAACUCCAGAGCAGCCACGAGCAGUUGCAGCAGCAGCAGCAGUACAAUCGAACUGUGCAGCCAAAGUACCAGUGGCUGGACUCCCCAGCGGACUAUGCCCAGCAGCAGCAACAGGUGCAACAACAACAGCAGCAGCAGCAACAGCAGACUUUGGUGUUGCCGGGACCCACAUCUUCGGCGAGUUCCAGCAAUGCCGCUCUGGGGGUGCUCAUUCCCAAGCAGGAGAGCUACCCGGACAUGCAGCCCAGCUCGAAUGGCACAGGCUACUCUGCUGGAUCCGGAGGAAGCUCCUCUGCCGCUGCCGCCGCCGCCGCAGCAGCAGCCGCAGCAGUGCAACUGGCGGAGUAUAGCCCAUCCACCAGCAAGGGACACGAGAUCCUGUCGCAAGUUUACCAGCAAAGCAGUGUACCCUUGAAAUUGGUGCCCGUGAAGCCAAGGAAGUACCCCAACCGCCCCAGCAAGACACCUGUGCACGAGCGACCCUACGCCUGUCCGGUGGAGAACUGCGAUCGCCGAUUCUCCCGCUCCGACGAGCUCACCCGCCACAUACGCAUCCACACAGGCCAGAAGCCGUUCCAGUGCCGCAUUUGCAUGAGGAGCUUCAGCCGGAGCGACCACCUGACCACCCACAUCCGCACCCACACCGGCGAAAAGCCCUUCAGCUGCGAUAUUUGCGGCCGGAAGUUCGCCCGCUCCGACGAGAAGAAGCGGCAUGCCAAGGUGCACCUGAAGCAGCGCAUCAAGAAGGAAAAAGUUCGUGGCGAGCAGCAACAGCAACAACAGCAGCAACACCAACAGCAGCAGCAGCAGCAGCUCCAGCAACAGCAGCAACACCACCACCAACAGCAGCAGCAACAUCCCCAGUACCAGCACUCCCAUCACCACCUUCUGCAGGCCGCCGAUCUGGCCAUUGUGACGUCGAGUGCGAGCAUGUAGAGACUACCGAAUUCAGCAUCCGCCGAGGACAAGGCCAGGGAUAAGAUUCGUAAAAUGAAUCUGGCCCUGGCCUUGGACCUCGACGAGUGCGCCUUUCCCUUCGAGCUGACCUCGGACUACGGCACCCUCUCGCCCCUCACCAGCCCAGUGCCGUUCAACUACGUACUGAUGGGCCAGGACUCCAGCCAGCCCUUCUUCUACAAGGACCGAUCGCCGGCCAAUUGAAUGGGUGUCCGCCAAAGGGAAGAUCAAUCGCCGAUGCUGAAUAAUCAUAAAUAGUAUAUCGAUAGACGUAAAAUGGGGUAAAAUCUAUGCAAGACAUUAAAUCGUAAAGAAGCAACACAAUAUGCUAUAAUUAGCCUAGUUAAUAUCUCGAACACACACAACUUACUAAAUGGAGGGUUUAGCAAGAAGCACGCAGAGCAAAGCAAAGCCAAGCAAAAACAAAACAAAAUAAAACAAAGUUACUAACCAUACAAAGCCUAACUAAAGCAAGUUGAUCAAUAAUAAUAUUAUUCGAUAGUUAUGAAAUGGGAAAAUAUUUAACUUAUGUCUCUAAUACUGUGAUCUCAUGUGUAAUAAUUAUUAAUUUUAAAUUCUUUACAUAACUUUACAUACAAAUAACCAGAAAUAAUUUUAAAAAUUAUAAUCCUUUCGCCUUUGCCUAGCUAAUGUUCAUUUUUAAAAAAUGCUAACACAAGCACACACACACGCACCCACACACACACACUAAUUUAUUGCAUUUUAAAAUAUUUAUACAAAUAUCUAUUAUAAUUAUUAACUUAUUGUCUUAAAGGUUUAGAGUUAGGUUUUAACAAGCAGCAGUACAUUGCAGUACAGCAGUACACACAAAUCUUAGCAUAUCGUUUUUUCCUCUAAGCAUUAUGAAUUGCAUAAGUUACAAAACAAAAAAGAUUAAUUUUAAUUCGGAAAGCGGAAUAUUCGUGUGCUAAUUGGAAGCGAUGAGGAAAUCGUCUAGCCAAGUGAAAACUGAAAAUUGAUAAACGCCCCUUGUACUUCCCUAAUUGAUUUGAAAUCAAAGCGGAAAAAUAAUACUUAGUUUUAUUUCAUUACAUUAAGUAUAUGUUCAAUCUACUGUAGAAACUUAUUUCUCCUUAGUUUUUAAUUCGAUUUAAGUUUAAUUUUUACAUUAUUAGUUUAUUUUACUUUUGAAAAUACAUAACAAUUUUUAAAAAACAUUUCUUUUGUGUUAUUUUUAUUUGACUUUACUCCAAAACACACUGGAAUAUAAAGGUGCAAGCUAAGGAAUGGUUUCGGAGCGCAGAUCGUGGCAAGAAAUGUGGGUUUCGUGUUAGACAAUAGGAACAAUCUCGGUCCUCACUCAGUGCGGCAGAGGACAUGCUCUCUUUUCUGAAGUUUUCUACUAUUUCCCAGAACCCAUUGGCCCCAGCUAUAUAUAUUUUCAUAUGGCUUUGAAUGACACUGUAUACCCAAAAUGUAUGUUAGGCGUAAGAAUAUUUAAAACUAGUUAUCGUAUAUGAUGAUCAGCUUAUUCUGAAUGAGUCUGGCAACUCACAAAUUAUAGCCUAACGAACUUGAAUCGAACUAGAAAGUGUAGAACCAACACGAAAUACAAAAAUGUUAUGCAAAUGGAACUCUUGUGCCACGUGACAAAUAUAUUUGUUGAUGUAUACAGAAUGUACCCAUAUAGUAUAUACAGAGAGAGCAACGAAAGUAACGAUUGCUUAUAAUGUUUUAAAUUCAAAUCUAUUUUUUAGCAAAAUAAUGAAAUAUAUAUUUUGCAUAGCCGCUAAAAUCAGACACAAAUUAGCAUUAGGAUGGAAAAAGGUUAAAUCUUCCGAAAAUAGGAUUAGGAAACGGGCGGUGCCAAGGAAAAUUCAAAGUAAAUAAAAGCACUUCCCGCAUUCAAAAUGGAGCUACAUUAAUGUUUAUAUUUGUAUUGAAAAUUUGUCAUUUCUUAGCUAGAGUAAGUCACAAAGUAUCCAAAGUAGAAAGGUGUGUGUGAAACUAAUGUGCCAUGCGAAAUAAUGAAGCUUAUAUAAACAAAUAUUUAAGAAAUAGAAAAAGAAUAAUUAUAUAUUUAAAGACAAGAUUUUGAAAUUUUAAACGUUGUGAUUUAUAUUGUUCACUUGAUGCAUGGUUCAGUGUUAAUAAUUAUUAAUAAUUACUAAUCGGAAAGCAGAAACCCCAAAGUCAGGAAGUGCUAAGGACUUGAAUCUUAGGUGUAUUUAAUAUGUACAUAUGUAGAUGUGUUUAUGACUCAAGUUGCUUAUGGACAGUUUUUCUUCCAUACAUACAAUACCUAAACGAAUAUACCAUUCACUCAAAUAAAUGUAUUUUAUUGAUGCAUUCUUAGCUAGACAACAAUUAUUCGUAGCUAAGCAUAUUAAAACCGGACAAGAGACAAUUUAAUGCUCAAAAAGGACGCUUGCAGUGUGUUUUUUGUAGAUGUUGCAUUGCGAAAAAUAUGUAUUUUACUUGUGCGUUAAAUGCGUAGACAAAUUAUCGAUUCUAAAUGUUUUUUGUGUGCACAUUACCUACUUAAUUACCAUCUAACAGAUACUCUAAGUAACCUCUCAAUUCUUAAGCUCUAGUUUCGAAGACUGUCUUUGUGUUUAAAUCGCUAGUUCUAUCAUCCCGAGGGGGAGGUCUGAGCCUCCUCCUCACUAUAUCAGUUCUUUGCUACAAGUUUAACAUCUAACAUAUAUCCCUAACUAUAAGUUUGUAUUUUAUGUCAAUGUAAACUAACAAUAUUCUAAUUACAUAUUAUACACAUAACUAUAAAGCAUAAUAUGCAAAUUUGGCAACCACUUUUUGAACAAAUUAAACAAAAUUUAAAAUUCAA